AUGUGUUGUAUGAGUUCUGUUGGUGAUACUGCAACUGUUGACAACACAGUGGAGCAGCCAUUGAGUCAGAAUUACAAUGCUGGACUUGCACACAGAGGAUUGAUACCCAUUUUUCAACAUGGUAUCAGAGCAGUGAUUGAAGAUCCUAAAUCAGUAGCAACUUCUAAAUUCGUAGAUACAAUUGAUUCCAGAAACUCAAAUUUACCACCUAAUCAAUUAGAUCCUGCAAGGCCUUUUUAUCUGCAUCCUACAGAUAACACUGCAAAUCAGUUGGUUUCAGUGAAGUUUAAGGGAGAAGGAUAUGGAGAUUGGAGAAGGAGUAUGAUGAUCUCUAUGUCUUCCAAAAAUAAACUAGGCUUUGUGAAUGGAAGAUUGCCAAAACCUGAUCCUACUGAUAUAACAUAUGAAGCAUGGUUGAGAUGCAAUGACAUGAUGAUCUCAUGGUUAUUGUUUUACCUGGAUUCAGUGAUAUCUAAGAGUGUGUUGUAUUUCAACACUGCUAGAGAGAUAUGGCUUGACCUAGAGGACAGAUUUGGGUUUGUUUCUGGUCCACAACUUUAUGCUCUUGAAAGACAAGCAUCAGACAUCACACAAGGCUCACAUAAUGUAGCAGAAUUCUUUACUGAGAUCAAGUCAAUUUGGGACAACAUCAGUGCAGCAAAUCCUCUACCAACUUGUACCUACAACUUAUGCACCUGCAAUUUGACACAAAAGAUCUUCAAGAUGCAACAAGAACAAAGGCUAAUGCAGUUUCUUAUGAAAUUAGGAGAGCAUUUAGCUGCAGCUAGAGGCAACUUACUCAUGCAACCACUCCCAACACUAUCACAUGCAUAUAGGAUGUUGGCAUAA